AUGCGGCGUGGACAUCUACCAUCUCCCUCGGCUCAUGCGGCGUUUGGAACAUUGAAGAUCGAAAUACUGAUGUUUCUCCCAAUAGAAUCCAAGAACUCGUCCCAGCACAACCAGGCCAAAAAGGCGCACAGAAAUGGCAUCAAGAAGCCUAAGACUUUCCGUUAUCCCAGCCUGAAGGGUACCGACCCCAAGUUCCGCCGCAACCACAAGCACGCCCUGCACGGAACGAUGCGCGCGCUCAAGGAGGUCAAGGAGGGCAAGCGGGAUGCCGCAUAG